AUGGUUUUUGGGAAAUCAAAAAAGAGUGCCUAUCCUGGUGAGGAGCCAACACAGUAUGUAACGGACAGAUCAAAUAGUGAUGGUUCAAACACAGCAAAGGACAGUGGCAGAGGCAAAAUAAUGGGUGUCUUUUCCUUUUGUAAAGUUUUCACAUUUGCUCUCCUUUUGUGGCUAGUACAGUGUUUCAGCAUGUACUCCGGCGCGUCCAUGAAGGGUCAAUACAACAUGGGCAGAGCAGCUGCUGUAAGACCCAGUAGACUAUUAGGAGAACCAAUCAUCGAAUUCGACACAGUGUUCGAUCUGUAUCAGAAAAGCUUUUUAGACAAAAUGGGAUGCGAUAGCAACCAGAAGGACCAAAUUAGAACUAUGAUGAAAUCAUAUUUCGAUAAAAUCGAUUUGGGAGCCUUGGCUCAACAAUUUCAACAAAACCCUUGUAGCAUGUUGCAGUGUCCACCAGGAAUGCCUGGAAUGUUUCCACCUAUGAAACCAGGUACAUGCCCCCCAGGUUUUCCAGGAAUGUGCUCACCUGCAUUCCCCGGAAUGUGCGGACCUUCCAAUGUUUCCAUGUUGCAAGGAUCAAAUCCAAAUGCGAGUAAAAAUGCAGACCCAGAAAAGAAGGAAGGUGAAGAGGGCACUUCAAAUGAUGGUGAUAAUCAAGAAACAAAAAAAGCACAAGGUGGAAAAAGAGAAGAUGAACAAAAAACACAGAUGAUAAUCCCAUUUGAUAAUAGUAACAAUAGCCCUGUUUUACAUUAUUUGAACUUUUUCAAUUUCUUGUGGUCCACUUCCUUCAUUAUCAUGAGCUCAAUUAUAUCAGCAUGCUUCGGACAGUUUCAACUUACUAUGGGUUUAUUUUCCGUAUUAUUUUUGAAAGGAUUUAAUUUUGUCUGGACCCUCAAAAAAAUGCACGAUAUGUUUUUCCCAAAAAAGAAAUAA